UUUCUCUCUUUCUCUGUCAGUCUCAGGACUCAACAUACUCAAUGAGCGUACAGCGCAAUGUCAGAGCGCUCUGGGCAAACGGCAAAGGGGAAGGAUGGCAAAACCAAGUAUGCGUCUCUCAACCUGUUUGAUACCUACAAAGGAAAGAGCAUUGAAGCACAGAAGCCUGUUGUUGCCCCUCGUCAUGGCUUACAGUCUCUUGGUAAAGUUGCCUCUGCACGGCGCAUGCCCCCCCCAGCCAACUUGCCUAGUUUGAAGGCGGAGAACAAAGGUAACGACCCCAACGUCUCGCUCGUUCCCAAAGACGGCACAGGAUGGGCAAGCAAGCAGGAACAAGCAGACCCAAAGAGUACCGAUGUAUUGUCAGCAGUGCAGCCGGAGUCGCAGCAGCCUGUGGUCUCACAGACGUCUGCGCCGAGCAUGCCGAGAACACCCCCAGCUCAAGAGGCCCCAACUCAAGCUCUAGCCGCAGGGCCAAGGUCCUGGGCUCCGGCCAGUGUUACACAUGGAGUACAAGGAGAUGGUGGAAAGGGAUCAAACCAACCGUCGCCAUUCUCUCGCGAGGAAUUUCCCACCCUGCAGGCGGCUGGAGACCAGGACAGAGUUGGCAAAGAACAGGCCACUGCAGAUCAGUGGUAUGGGCCAGGACCAAGCCUCCGCCCCCAAAACGUAACAAGCUGGCGGGAUGGUGGGGGCCGGGCAUUGGCACCCACCCUGGCUGGGGAGGCAGUUGCGGAGGGCGGUGCUGGGGGAGCCAUGGUGAUGGAGGGUGCUGCUGGGGCCCCUCCCAUCCCACAGCAGAAUGCAUCUUCUCAUGGGCCGCCUAGAACUUCCCCAACCGGCAACCCCGCACUUCCCCUCCCCCAGCCACCUAUUGGCCCGCAGUUCCAGGCUUACAGAGGCAUCAUGCCUCCCUUCAUGUAUCCACCAUACCUGCCCUUCCCACCCCCUUAUGGUCCACAGGGACCGUACAGGUACCCACCCCCAAAUGAGGCCCCUAGGUUUUCUCGGUCACAGGGUGGAGUAGGGCCAGAUGGGCGGCCCCCUGGAGGCCCCCGGGGUGAAGUGGUAAAACGCCCAUCCAUCCUCAAACAGGAUGACCUGAAGGAGCUGGAUGAGCUGGACCAUGAUGGAGAUGAGGGCUGGGCUGGAGCACAGGAAGAAAUUGACUACUCCGCAAAGUUGAAGUUCAGCGAUGAUGAAGGAGAGGAUGAUGGGGAAGAGGAACGGUCUGAAAACAAAAAUGGAACCCGGGAGCCAAGGGAGCAGCAGAGAUCCCAAGAUGGGCCUGCACCUGUUUCACGUUCCCGGGCAUCCGACAGUGGAGGGGAUUCACGCCGCACCCCUCCUUCCUCUGUUGAAGAUGGCUCCGCUUCCCCCUCCAGCAAGCCAGGCUGGGCCGAGGAGGGUGGAAGCAACUGGAGCAGUCAGGCAAACGGAGGAUCUUAUCAGGGGCGUAGGCCUGGACUAGGUGGUCCAAGGGAGCAGCCCUCCCCCCCACUAGGUCCACUUCUUGGACAAGGGCCCUACUCCUACUACCGCCAGGACCGGCCUUCGAACCAGUCGCCAAUCUCAGGCCCCAUCCUAGCCCCCCAGAAGCCCAGUGGUGCCCAGGCACAGCAGCAGGCGGGGGCAAUGCCUGGUGGGCCGACCCCUCCUCCUUCCAACACUCUGCAUCCCCAGCAACAGGGUGAGGAUGAGGAUGAGACAUGGCGGCAACGGAGGAAGCAGUCAUCAACUGAGAUCUCUGCUGCGGUAGAGCGUGCCCGUCGGCGGCGUGAAGAGGAGGAGCGGAGGAUGCAGGAGGAGCGCCGUGCUGCCUGUGCAGAGAAGCUGAAAAGACUUGAUGAAAAACAGCAGCAGCAACAGACUAUGAAACCCAGCACCCCCAGUGAUGCUCCUACCAACAGUUCUAGUCCUUCCUUGUCUGCAUCUGCUUCAUCUCCCAAUGUCAGUCAGCCACCAUCACCCUGUGUGGACACUGAAGACCCUCCUCUAUUAUCUUCUCAGGGAAGCAGUGCAACACUAGGAUUGAAUAUUAAUAACAGACAGCGGGCUGGUAGCAACAGCAGCCAUGACUCCAACACUGAGUCUCAGCAGGCUCUGCAGCCUCAACCCACCCAGCACCCACAAACCCUGGAUGUCCCAGUGCCUGGAGAUGCCAAGGAGGAACCUGUGGUGCAUAUCCGCACUAGAGGUGGAGAUGACACAGUGAAGGUGGUUGAAAAUGUUGGUGGAACAGGACGGCAGGGAAGUGGUCCAUCUGGGCAGAGCUUUUCCAAGUAUCAAAAAUCGCUUCCUCCUCGUUUUCAGAGGCAACAACAGGAGCAACUUCUCAAACAGCAGCAGUGGCAGCAGCAGCAACAUAACCAGGUUGCCCAAAAUCAGCUCCAGUCCCAGCCUCAGAAUCAGCAGGGCCCCUCUCCAGGUACCACAUCACAGUCUGGGCCCAAACAGCCAACCCUUUACCCUCCUGGCUCAAUGGGACGUCCUCCACCUCUGCCUAUGAACUUUGAUCCCCGCUGGAUGAUGAUGCCCUACAUGGACCCACGAAUGAUGCAGGGACGUCCCCCACCCAUGGACUACUACACUCCCAGCAUGCAUCCAUCUGGGAUGAUGAGUCGAGAGCGUUCUGAUUCAGGUGGCUCUGGGUCAGAUCCGUUUGAUAGGCAGCAACAUGGUGGACCCCCUCAUCCCCGUCGUGGCACACCUCCAAUGGAUCCCAAACUGGCUUGGGGACCAGAUGUUUUUCCAGGGGGUACUGAGGGUCGAGGUCUAAGCUCCCCCCUACGGCAGAAAGCUGUCGAGGAAGAGGAGGCUGGCAAAGGUCAAAGAAGUGACACUCCUCCAGUACUUAUGCGGGAGGGAGGCACAGCUCCCAUUCAUCCGCCCAGCUCUCCAUCUGGUUCAUCUAACCAAACCCCACCACCUCUUGGGAUUCAAGUUGGGGGCCAGGGUACUAGCCACCAUGCCCAUCAUCAGCCCUUUAUGGGUGGGCGAGGAGGUUACAGUAGCUACCCUGACAAUGGAUCCAGAAUGGGCUCCCACUUGCAGCAAAGGGCCAGCAGUGGAGGAACACUGCAUGGUUUUGGCCACCAGGAGGGUAGUCAACAGAGCCAAAUCUGGGGGACUCCUCAUCUCCAUUAUGACCGUAAUGGCCGUUCUGAUCACUCGGCCUUGGAGACCAACUCGCAUCUCCAACAUGGUCCCCCCACUCACGCCCCUCAUUUCUCUCUUCAUCCUCAUAAGCAAGAGAAUGGCAGAGAGCGAGAAAAAGGGGGGGAGCCAAAAAAGAGUGACCCUUCACCUCCACUCCAUCAGCUGUCCCUUUCCCCUUCCUGUUCAUCAUCAUCAUCUUCCUCAGCUAGAGAAGAUGGUAGUGGAAAACAGUCCUUACAUAAUCAGGUCCCACCACCAAUUGAACAUGAUACUGGAUCUGCUCAUGCUUCAGGAAGGAAACAGGAGAAAAUGGGAAAUGCACAAAAUCAGCCCCAGCAGCAUUCUGUGCAGCAGCACCACCCUAAAGCCAACCCUCGCAGUCGGGAGCACAAAACUGAGACACACUGGGGCCCGAGGCCUGGUAGCAGUAACGUGACUGGGGGCUCAACCCAUAACAGAAAGGCACCGGGCUCUGGAAUGAGUGGAAAUACUGAAGAACCUGCAAAUCAUGGGGCUGAGAACAAAUCCUUUACUCAAUCAGAUGGCACCACAGCCAAGCGAGCAGGUCCAAUUAAGAGACCAGUAAUUAAAGAGAUGAAAAGAGAAGGUGGUGAAGGAGGAGGAGAAAAGACCACUGGAGGCUCUGGUAAAGAUAAAGAACAAGAUGCUAGCCAGAUCGCAACCAAACUAGAAACGGCCUCUGGGGCUCAAGGCUCCUCAGCACUCGGUGGGAAAGAUGAUGCAGUCUCAUCAAAUAAACCCAGAACUGGCGGAAAGGAGCGAGGUAACACUGGGGGUACAGGUAAAGGAUCCAAAAAUGGAGAAGGCUCUAUCCAGAAUUCUGGCUCUUCAGCUCCACAGUCCAGGAGGGAAAGAGAGCAUUCUGCUGAAAGAGGGAGCACAACUUACCAUGCAUCUUCGUCCAGAGGUAGCCGAUCCAACCGUGGCCGAGGAGAGUUCUACGGCAGAGGCCGAGGCUACAGGGGCACUUACACUGGCAGUGCAGGUGGUGGCAGCCGUGGCAAAGCAGGUGGCAGGAGCAGCAGGGAUUAUAGAUCAGCUGCCAACAGUGGCUACCACCAUGCACCUUCUAAUCAAGAAUACAAGCGAGAGGCAUCAUCUGGCAGUGGUAGGCAUAGACAUGGGGGCUCUCAGCCAAAUCCGGGACGUGCUAGGAACCGAAGUGAGACUCGAAGUGAAGGCUCUGAAUAUGAAGAGGUGCCAAAGAGGAGACGACAACGGGGAUCUGAAACAGGCAGUGAGAGUGCUGGUAGUGACCUUGCUCACUCAGACAAGGAAGACCGCAAGCCAAACACCAAGACUGGCGUUGGAGGAGAGAACCCUACAACAGGCCCUUCAUCUUUUUCAGCUCCAAACAGAAACUCCCAGACAAGAGUGUUCACACCAAGGGGAGUGCCCUCUAGACGUGGCAGAGGUGGUGGUGGUGCUGGAGGAGGUCUCCAUAGAAGUGGAGGUAGUGCUGGAGUGUCUGGUGGACACAGAUCUGGACCUGGCUCUGGUUCUCAUGGCUGGUCUGCAAAAUCUGCAACUGUGCGAAAGCAACAGACGUCCUCACAGCCACCCCCUCCUAAAGAUUCAGGCCGUGGAGCCAAUGUUGACAAGAAGAAAGCUGCAGACCAGAAUCAGUCUCAGAGUCAAGGUGCAAAUCCCUCCGCACCUAAUCCCUCUGUGCCUACAGCUAUCCAACAGGGGUCCACUGAGAACGGAAGCGCUGGAGCCCCACUGUCCUCAAGUAAUGUUCCUUCAAAUUCCACUGGCACUCCUGCCCAGACUCUUCCUCUGUCUGCCCCCGACGGACGAGGUUUCCCUAACCGGGGAUUUGAGCGCCCCCCUCGUCGCAGACGCCACGGACGAUCCCAGCAUCAGCAGGACAAGCCUCCCAGAUUCCGCAGACUUAAGCAAGAGCGAGAGAAUGCAGCCCGUAUCAAUGGAAGCAGUGGAAUUAUUGAAGUCGUAGCUGGACAACAGCAGCGGCCUGCUUCACCUUUGCAGAAAUCCCUGCAAGAAACCAAUAGCACUCCCAAUGCAUCCACAGCAGCUGUUGCAAAUGCAAAACACAGUGUGUCUGCAACUUCUAACAAUAAUAAUAACAGCAGCAACCUUGGGGGUGGAAACCAAAAUUUCAAUAGCCACCACCACCAUCACUACCAGGGCAACUCCCAGUCGCACCUUCAACACCAUCACAACCAUAAACCAGCUGGGGGCGCCAAAUCUCCAGACGUCUCUAACCAGAACUCUGAUCAGGCCAACGAGGAAUGGGAAACAGCCUCCGAAAGCAGCGAUUUCACCGAGUUUCGAGAAAGAGAGGGUGGAGGAGGCGGUAAACCCUAUUCCUCCCACCAUCAUCAUCACCACCACCACCACCACCAUCCAUCCGGAAGAGGUGGUGGAGGCGGCGGUGGGGGCGAGAGAGAGAUGACAGCUAAAGAAUUGGCCACCAGCAAGAGAAGCUUCUCCAGUCAGCGCCCUGGAAUGGAGAGGCAGAACAGAAGGGUUAAUGCCGGUGGUGGUGGUGGUGGUGGUGGUGGAGGAAGAGGCCCCAGGGGUCCGCCUGGCGCUGGUGGGGCGGUGGGUGGCGCUGGCAAUGGUGGGGGCAAUCGUGGUGAGAGGCGUGGCAACUGGCCCUCUCCUAAGAACAGGAAGUGAUGCUUUGUUUUUUUUUGUUUUUUUUUAAUUUGGAAAUAUUUCAAAUGCAUCCCUCUAUCAUUGGCCACUCUUUUCUAUAAAACCUCUUCCCUCCUUAACCUGUUAUCACUUUAUUAUCGUAAAAGAUUAGUUACUAAGACCAUGAACAAAUUGUAGUUCUUUUGGUUUAUAGCUUUUUGUCCUUUAUUUGGAAAUUCACACUCUGUGUCCUUUCAUGCUCCCAUAAAUCCUAAACUCUACUCUGAGAUUUUACAUACUACACCCCAUUUUAAUAGAAAUAUUUGCUGACUGAAAAUGCAUAUGACCACAUGGCCCAUUUACGUUGGCAUAUACAAGCACAAAAUGACAUCAACCUAACAAAAUUGUGCUUAGUUUGUGUAUGCUGGGUAUGCACACGUUACGUGUGUUUGUGUAAGAACUGUGGCUUGAAGUAUAUAUGAAAGGUCAAGGUUGUUAUUAUGUACUUGUGUAUUCACAUCACAUGUUGGAUGCUGGAAGUUGCUAUUUUAAUGAGAACAAAUGUAUCAUAGAUUUGUUUUCCCCCUUUUUGUGUUGUUAAUUUUUCUUUUCAGCCUCUUAAAGGUGAGGAUAUCUUUUUUUUUUUUCGGAAAGCAGAUCAUUAAAACUCAUUUUUAAAUAAAACCCUCUUCAUUUUUGGUUCAAACUCACAUUCUGUUGUGCCCGCCAAGUAUCUCCCCAAUGCGCUACUUUUUUUUUUUUUUUUUGAAAAUCGCUGCAAUGCCCACUUUUCAGAACUAUGUGGUGUAUUUUUCCUUAUGUUAAGUUAUAGGUCCUCUCUACUCAUUGCUUUGGGUUUUCAAAUAGUUUCAUUAGCUGUUUUGGCCUCCGCAUGGAAUUGUAGUCUAAUAGUGCACAUUAUACUUGUUAAUAUUAUUAGACGAUGAUCUUAAUUCAAGGUCCUUCAAAAGUUCCUCUUCAUGGAUCACAUCGUUUUAAGGUUGUUUCUGUUGUGAUCAAAUCAGAUGACUCUUAGCCUUAGUGUCAGAUCCUCAUUAAAUGAUAUGUUUUUUUUUUUUUGAGAACAUCCGUUAAAGAUUUUCUUUUGUCUUGCACUUAUAUUAAGUCCGUAAACUCCAAAACUCUCCUUUAGAAUAAAGAUCGUUCAAUGUUUUUUUUCUUUUCUUUCUCCUCUAAAUGAAUAGCUGUAUAUUUGGCAUCUUAUCUGACUAGGUGUCAUACUGCAGUUCCAGGUUAUUGAACAUGACGAGUAUUGUGCUACUGUUAUGUUCACUUAACAGUUCUAGGGAGUGUAGAGAAUCACUCUUUGACCACCCUCUGCAUUGUAAAUUCCCUUUUUCCUUU